AUGAAGUGUUUCAUCAUCACAGGCGCCAUCUUGUUGGCGUCCUUGGCGAUGGCCAAGCCGGUUAACUUUCAAUCAGCCCGGCCCAGUCUCGUCGAGUUUGCGGCGGCCGCCGGCAAGAACAUCACGUCGGAUGGCCCGAACUUCGAAGACAACGUUCAAGGACCUGAGCAGAACAUGCACCAGUGCAUCGUAGACUGUUGGGUCAAGAAGAUAGGGGAUGCGAACAAGAUAGGGGAUGCGGACACAAUGAAAUGCACCUGGGAUUGCAUGAACCGCCCCGAGAACACCGUCAAUGUUCCGUCCACGAGCACUUCGCCGUCCACAAGCACUUCGCUCUCAACGAGCACUCCGCUCUCAACGAGUACUCCGGCUUCCAACAGUCCCCUUGUUCCCACCGGGUCGAGGAGCUGCUCGAGCACUAUCAGCUCGACUGCUGCUCCCACUCCGACUACUACUAGUACUCCUGACGAGACUACCACGGCCAUGAUCACGGUCACCAACACCGCAACGGUCACAGAAACAGUCUACAUGCCAGACGACGCUACUAACACUGGAACUUCUGACUCAACUCCCGCUCCUACUCCUAUCGAUACACCUGCGGAGACAACUACUACCGCUGUAAUUACCAGCGCUCCUGAUAGCACUGCUACUGGAACUUCCUGUGCUUCGAUGAGCUGUGAUCCUACGACCACCGUCACCGUCGCCACAACGAUCACAGCCUCUCCCUCGCCUUUGGCUUCGACUUCAACUUCGGUCGAUGGCCCCGUCUCUACCCCGGAAGCGUCGUCAACGUCGACCGUAACAUCGACAUCAACCGACGCUUCUAUCUCUAUCCCAGAAGCAUCGUCAACGUCGACCUCAACAUCUACUUCUUCUGUCUCUACCCCAGGAUCGCUAUCAUCCAGCACUUAUUCGUCCGCUUUCACCACUACCACCGCCGCCCCCGAAGAAGUCACGGUCACAGCAACCAACAGUGUCACCGUUGCCCCAGCAGAAGUCACAGUCACCGCGACCAACACUGUCACCCAGUCACAGCCGCACUAUCUCCUUAACCCUUUCCGCCCGUUCGACCCAAACCCUACCAUGUCAUUAGUAUGA